AAGCUUUUCCUGUUAGCGGAUGCUAUCGUCAGUUAGCAAAGUAUGGCCUGCGUUAGCUGGGCUUAGUUAGUCGAUGGUUAGCUAAUUAACCUACACAGUGUCUCAUCGGACGGCUCCACAUAAAUUGUUCAGAAUAAGCUGUCAAUGAAACUAAGGUUGUUUUUAUAUAUAUUAACGGACCAAUGGUCGACUUUGUGUGAAGUUGUUUAUCUGUGGUUUGGAGCUGCUCUCCUCUGUUUGUUUACAAUCGUCGACAGUGUGAUUGUCUGUGUCGAUAUAACUUGUCGUUCAAUUCAAGUAAUAAUUUGUCAGAAGCCAAGGUCACUACGGAGUGGAUACGAAGUCUCGGUUAAGUGACGUCAACCCAGUUGUGACGGGAGAGUUAUGAUUCUGACAAGGUUGCAAUUCUGUUCCGUGUCGUCCGAGUUAUCUGGUCAGCUGUUAGCCGCAUGACAGAUGAACAACAACGGGAAUAAGAGAGCUCCAACCACAGCCACUCAAAGACUUAAGCAGGAUUAUCUCAGGAUAAAGAAAGACCCUGUGCCUUACAUCUGUGCAGAACCUCUACCCUCCAACAUCUUAGAAUGGCACUACGUAGUCAGAGGUCCUGAGAAAACUCCAUAUGAAGGUGGCUAUUACCAUGGAAAACUCAUAUUCCCCAGAGAAUUUCCUUUCAAACCACCAAGUAUCUACAUGAUAACACCUAAUGGCAGAUUUAAGUGUAAUACAAGGUUAUGUUUGUCCAUCACAGACUUCCAUCCAGACACAUGGAAUCCAGCAUGGUCUGUCUCCACAAUUCUCACAGGUUUGCUUAGCUUCAUGGUUGAAAAGGGACCCACCCUUGGCAGCAUCGAGACCUCCGACUACACGAAAAGACAACUGUCAGCCCAAAGCCUGGCCUUCAAUCUCAAAGACAAAGUGUUCUGCGAGCUGUUUCCAGAUGUCGUUGAUGAGAUGAAGCAGAAACAAAAAGCCCAGGAGGAGAUAAACGCCCGGACACAGCCGCUCCCUUUACCUGAUGUGGUUCCCGACGGUGACCCACAACAAGCCCACUACGGCCUUCCUGCNUUAAACGGAGGCCCCAUCCCUCUUGGCGGUGUACACCCUGCCCCCGGUGUGCAGCAGCCAAAUCGUAACCAUGGACUUUUAGGUGGUGCUCUCGCCAACCUCUUUGUGAUCGUAGGCUUCGCCGCAUUUGCCUACACAGUUAAGUAUGUGCUAAGGAGCAUAGCUCAGGAGUGAGAGCAGCUGCUCCUUCUGCAGUGAGCCAUUCAGUGGACUCCACAUUCUACAAACACACUGCGUUGGGGGGUUACAGGAUGUUCUGUUCUGUUUACAACAACCCCCAAAAAACCAACACCACCACCACUACUACUACCACCACCAUGGACUUAGGAAGCCAACCCAGAAGCAGAAGGAGGUGGUAGUGGACUGUGGAGUAUCUAUAGAUCUGGGGAAGGGGAGUACUCAUUGAAACAGAUCCAAACUCUGUCAGCAAAAGGAACAAAUUUGGCUCAUGGGUUGAAUAAAAGUGUGAUGUGUAAUAUUUAAAGAGCUGUUAGUUUUUGGUGCAGAGAUGGAAAACUUUUCAUUGUUUAAGUUUCAUUACACAUCUGCUCUGCUGUACGUGGCACUUGCUAUUCACUUCUACCGAAAUUCUUCUGCGGAGAUUUGUUCAGGUCUCGUAUUUGCCCUAGGGUAUAAUUAACAACAGAACGUCAUCCUCUAGAGAAGUUGAGCAACCGGUUCUCUUCCUUUUAAUUCUAAACAAGAACUAUUAGUUCUGUUUACUAUUGCACUUCAUAAUUAUUUUAUUGCCAGUUAUCUUUCUUUAACCUUCGUUAAAAUUCAACCAGGAAAUAUUGUUCUAGGAAAGUUGUGUUCAAAAUGUAUGAGAAGUUUGGGCUGUUCAAGCGGACAGAGAGAGUAAACACGCGCCUCUUACGGCAUGUUGGUUCUAGUCUACCCAUGAGCCAAGCAGCGUCACCCAGUGUCUGCAGACAGUGCAAAUGCAGACCAGUACAUGUUUUUUUCCCCUUUAUAAAAUUGGCUUUAACAACCAGUAUAGUUCCAUUCAAUAUAGGUCCAAAUGAGAAGACACGUGAAGUAAACCAAUGCUUUGUGUCUGUGUAUUUUUAUAUUCUUUCAUUAUGGUGUGUUCUGUGUUGUUUUUAUUUAUAGCGACAGCCUGGCUUUGUCAUCGUUGUUAGAAAGAGUUCUAGUGUCUGCUGACUAAACGGACAAACACAGGCAAGCUUACGACCCAGGCCUCAUUUAUAAUCACUUAUGAUUUACUGUUGUUCAUUUCAUGUCAUCAAGUAAAGACGGUUCUACUGUGUCAGUGAUGGUUCAACAGAAUAACUGGUCUGAAAACUGAUCAUUCUCUCCUUUUGUGUAAUUUUCUUGGCAACAUCUUUAAAAAAAAACAAAAAAUAAAAACAAAGUGAUCAUAAUAUUAAUGACGACA